AUGAAUAACGAUAAGGAAUUGAAAUCUCAGGAAAGUGAAGAGGAAAUUGAUAAAAUGGAAGAAGAUAAUGAAUUUGACGAAAACGAAGAUGAAAAUGGAAACGAAUCGGAUGAUGACAGUAAACAAGAAAAUCUUUCUUUCGAUAGUACAGAGGAAGAUGCUGAAUCAGAAGAUGACGAAAACCAGAAAAUAACACCUCAAUCUGCACGAGAAAAAAUAAUGUUAAAAGAUGAAGAGGCCUCGGAACCUGUUCCACUUUUAGAACGCUCGGAAGCUGCAAAAAACUUUCGAGAUUUUUAUAUGAAUCAAAUCACCGCCGCUUUUGGAGAAGAUUUGGAUAAAAUUCGAAAGGAAGAAAAUUUCGAUCAUAAUCGAUUGGAUAUUCUUAUUGAUUCUCUAGAGUCAAAUAUAAAUAUAUUCUCGGAUAUCGAGAAAGAAUUAGAGUUGGUGACAUUUAAACAAAAAACGUGA